AUGUCCAGCAGGGCCCGCUUUCUGGUUUUUGACCACCUCAGCCGGGCUCCGUACAAUGCCAUCUUGGUACAGGAGACCCGGCUGGAAACCCUUGCGGCCCUGCACGCUGCAAAGCGGGACUGGAGAUGGGGGCCUUCCUACUUCUCUCUAGCCACAGAGAGAUAUGGGGGAAUCACCAUCCUAUUUAAGGAAGUUGAUGUUCGCAUCAACAGGGUUAUUGAGUUGCAGAAAGGACUUUGUGUGGUUUUAGAUGUGUCACUGGGCAGGCAACCUCUCAGGAUGAUUAACAUCUAUGGCCCCCAAACCAAGUGGGAGAGGAAGCGCCUGUUUAGUGAGAUAGAGCCUUUCCUAUAUAAGUCUAAGCAAAUUCUGUUUGGCGGUGAUUUCAACACCAUUAUUAGGCCUCAAGACAGGAGAGGCGCCACUCAGAGGCUGGGGUAUGACUCAAUUUUUUUAAACAAGAUGGUUAGUCAGGCUGGAUUGGUCGAUGUGUACCUUCACCACACUCCCAAUCCCACGGGUGGGUACACGUAUCACCAAGGUAGCUGUCAGAGUAGGAUAGAUAGGUUUUUCUUUAUGGAGAAUUUCCCGGUGACAGCACCCGUGCUUACGCCGGUGGAGUUCUCCGACCAUCACAUUUUAUCUUGCCAGUUGAACGUCCAUAGUACCCCACCUAAAGGUAGAGGGAUCUGGCGGCUAAAUUCAGACCUCCUGGUGGAACAGAGGGUUCAGCAAGCCUUCAUGGAAUUCUUUCACGAUCAGAUGACACUGGCCGAUUUAGCCCAAACGAAGUCUGAGUGGUGGGAGAUGGUGAAGGCCAGAACUCGAGGGCUGUUUCGCAAUCUCGCCCGAAACAUGCAGUCCUCUAGGUAUAAGAUGUAUCUGAGCUUGCUUGGGAGGCUGGAUGUCUUGAUCUCACAGGGAGGUGACCCUGAGGACAUUGCGGCGGUGAAGUCCCUGAUGAGGAGUUAUCAAUAUGACGUCCCUUGUAAAGGAGAGGGAUCAUGGGUCUUACCACUCGGCCGAUCCUUAUCUGAGUUGCAAGCGGAAGGAAGGUACCAAAACUAUCUCUGGUCUGCGGGGCACCAACGGGAUCCUCGAGGAGUCUCCUCACGGGAUUCUGAAGGUGGUCCGCGACUACUAUAUUGAGCUCCUCGGUAAGGGAAGCCCCCUAUGCAGAUGACAUCUCCAUUGUGGUCUCCGAUACACAGGAGGCCACGGAGGUGGAUGAUUUAAUCUUGGCGUAUUCUGCCGCUUCAGCCUCUCGUGUCAACAGGGACAAGAGCGGAGUUUUCUGGUGCGGGAAGGAGGGGGACCAGUUCCCUCUUCCAGACGGUUUCCCGCGGGCCCAGUCUGAAAUUAAGAUCUUGGGGGUGAUGUUCGGACCAGGGGAUCUGGCUCUCAGGAACUGGUCCAAACAGCUUGCCAUAGCUUCCAGCAAGGUGGAGGAGAGCCACAGGUGGAAACUGACGUACAAUGAACGGGUGAAACUGAUCAAAACCUGUUCUGACUGUAUUCGGCUACGUCAGUAA